AUGGAUCCCAAUCAUUGGGCUAAUUAUAAUGCUGGAUAUGGACGUCUGGGACCCAGUGGGAUCCCGACCUCUCAUCCUGGACUCAAUUUUCCUAUUCUAGACCAAGCCACUAUAACAUCAGGGCUAGGAUUAACAGCUGGAAUACCGGCCCAUUCUGGAUUAUCUUCACGGUCAUUGGCAGGAUUACCAGGACCGUACCAUGGACACCCUGUGCAUAAUACAGUUCCCCAAUUUUUCGACCCCAUGAAUACUUUACAAGCUGCUAAUUUUACUGGACAAUCUCCAUAUAAGCCUAUCACGUCAGCAUCUGGACCUUUUGCGUUUGAAAGUCCAGGAGUUGGAUACACUGGAUCGCGAUAUUCAGCUGGUACACCUACAACCUCAUCUUCUGGAUUGCCCAAUGCUAGUAGUAAAUCAUCAUAUUUUCCAAGUGAAAAGGAACAGAUUGCAUCGUUUGCAUCUUCUCAGGCAGUUCAGGAUGCCCUGGAAUCCAAAUGGGGAUUGUCUAAUUUUGUGCCCUUCACUGAUCUCUCGCCCCCAUUUUCAGCAGCCCAAUCGUCACAGCCUGCUCCACCUCCUGCUCACAGUUCUGGUUCCAGCAACAGAUCAGCCAGCUCAAGGAAUCCAUUUCCUCAAGAUGAUUUCUUUUCCCCAAAAUCUACGAAAACCACAGUGUCAAGUCACUCCCAAUCUUCUUCAUCAUCAUACAUUUCAACCAGUAAUCCACGAUCUCGAAGUCAAGAAGUCGAGGACCUAUCAUCCCAUUCUACGCCCAUUUAUGGUUCUACAGGGUAUUCCAACAUAUCUUCUAACAACUACUCAUCUCAUCUGCAACCUGACAUGAACUAUGAUCCUGUCAGCCCAGUAACCCCUGUCAGUCAUUCUCCACCUCAUCAGUCAUCUGGACUCUUCAACACAGUGUCCUUAUCAGACUUGAAAAGCAUUGGAUCAGCUUUGGACAAAUCUCGAUCAUCAAGUCGGAAAGAUUUGAUGAUGAACGAGCAAGCCAUUGAGAAACUCAACAAAAGAAUGGCUAAAGAAUCCAGCUUGAUUCAGCAUAUCAAUUCUAGAAAUGAUCGCCCUGUUGUCAACAGCCCGCUACCCAAUAUGGGUUCAAUACCAAAUAUACCAAUGCAGAAGUCUUCAAACAUCCAGAAUGGGAAAUCCAAUCCGAGUCCAAUGCAGCAGUCACCUAUCAGUGUUGGGAGUCCACAAGCUCCUAUUUCAAUGAAUAGUCCACAGACCUCUAUCCCUAGUACAACUUACACGCCAACACCAAAUCCAAUUCAAGCAGUACCAGAUUCAACCACUAAGCCAAAAAGUCGCAAACCAAAAAAGAAGAAAAUCGAGUCAACACCUCAAUACAUGCCUCAAGAGCAGUUUGCAUCAUCAAUGAAUCGCAGCACACCUGGUAACCUUAAUCAGCCUCAAUUUCCCCAACCUCCAAAUUCACGGAGUAACAACGACACUCCUUUAUCACCAAUACGACCAAUGCCAGGAAUUCUGGGAUCACCCCUUGGAGAAGAGUUAUCUUCGAUGCACAGGAUACCUAGUAUUUUGGAGGACGCAAUGAGUCGGCAUAAUUCAAUGUCAUCAGUUCAAGACAGUUCCCAUAAUACAAUGCAUACAUCUUCAGCUCCCGAGCAAAUUCAGAAUAUUUCGACACAUUCAAGUCAUCCUGGAGUUUCUCCAUUACUCAAUUCUACUCCCCAAUCACAUCUACCUGUCAAUCAAAUGAUGGAAGCCAACAUGCUGUCACGUCAGGCACAUGAAGUGAGUCAGAGGAUGUUCCGAGGAGAUCCUGCUUCUAUGAUGGCCGGCUCUGGAAUGUUUUCUGAGAAUGAGCUGUCAAAUAAUCAGAAUCAGUUUGAUGUGAAUGGUUACAGUGGCUCCACCUUCCUGGACGACCUGAAUAGUCAUGCAGAACCAGAUAUUGAAAAUUUUACUAGUGGAAUGGCUGUAGAUCGUGAGAAUUACAUGCUGGACAUUUCUGGAUUUACUGGUGGCCAUUAUGGCAUGCAUCCUGGUAUGACUGCAGUGGAAGUAGCAAAUCAGAUGCAUCUUGGAACUAUUGACCAAUCGACAUUCACCUCUCUUCUUGAACAAGAUAUGUCCAAGAAGUAUCGUUCACAAGAAUCAAAGUUAACCUGUACAAUACCUGUAGAGAUGGAUGAUGAGUUGGCAUGCUUUUCUCGUCCUCCGCCAACAACCCAACCCAAUCCGACCCCAGUUCAAACAAAACCUAAAGUGUCGCGACCUCAAAAUGCCUUCAAUGAAUCGUUCAUAAACUUUGUAAAAGGUAAAAAACCAGAAACUCUGUCCAGUGUGAACAAUGCUCCCCAUAAAAAACCGCAAUUACCAAAAUAUAUUCCGGAACCGCCAAGGCCUAAAGUUGUGAGAAAACCAGAACCGAAGGUAUCGUCACGUGUCUCUUUCUCUGAGGACGAUGACAGUGAUUCAAAAAUGUCCAAAGUUGUCGAUGAUCUCUUAAGUGAUAGUGAAAACGAUUCUACUUUUAGUGCUGAAUAUACUGUGAAAAAACAAAAACAAAGUACGAAAAAGGUACCACCUUUAGUGAUCAAAAAGAAAUUAAUUCAAACCCUCCCCUCUAAAACUUCGAAGCCCCCCAAACCUAAGAAACGUAGUUUUGGUAAAGACUAUAGUGUUGCUGUGGAUCCGUAUGCCCCAGUUGAUGUGGAAGUUGAUACACCAAGAACAUUAAUCUCCAGAAAAGCUAAAGACAAGGCGAUUGAGAAGAAUUCUACAAAAAAGAAAGGAACAGAUGAUACAAGUGUAUCAGGAGAUUCAGAACCAGAAUAUGUGCCUUUUGCUAAAAAAGGUCGAGCAAUGCCAACUGUUGAUUAUGAUUCUGAUGCUGAUCCUGCCUGGACACCUUUUGCUCUGGAUUUAAAAGAUCAGAGUGAAGAUUUGGGUGAGAUUAAACCAAGAAAGAAACGUGAUAGACAGAGAAGUGGUAGUGGUCGCAGUAAACAGAGAAGUUCAUCACAUAAGAGCCGUAAGAAACAUGAUUCAUCCUAUUCAAGUGACAGUUUCCAGGAAGCUCCCACAAUUCCUUCAAGGUCAGACCAAGGUCAUAAAUCAAAACCACCAAUCAAAUCACAAUCAAGUAAAAGUAACUCUAGGGUACCAGAUGAGAAUGCUACAGAAAGUGAGGAGGAAUGUUUUCAGGUUGGAAGAUUUAUCAUUGAGAAAAAAGAUUUGAAUAAUUAUGAAACAUAUCCAAUAUGGAGGAUAGAACAGGGUGGAAUGAUACAUAAGUUUGAAAAUUUCCCAGAAGAUGGCACAAUACGACAUAAAUCAGAAUAUACAUAUACAAGAUGGAUGCCUAUCAUGAAGAACCAGUUUAUACCAAUUCGUGUUAAAGUGAUAACAGAGAAAAGUGAUAAAACAGUGGUAGAAGUUUUAGAUGAAUAUAAACCAACACCACCCUCUGAUGGCAGUUUAGAGAAUAUGUAUGAAGAAGACCCACUAGUUGAUUCAUUCAAUGUUUAUUUACAAAUAUUUCUCAGUCAGGCUCUUGAACCCAGUUUCUUACGAGCCAUCAAAGAUUCUAAAGAACAUUUUUACCUGGGACCUUUAGAUACAGUUGAUAAACUUAUAGAUAGAAAACUGGAAGAGAUUGAUAAAAAAAUUAAAUGGAAACCAGAUUUUAAGGACUGUUUAAAAUCCAGACCGUCUAUAAAAGAACGAGAUCGUCCCAAUUUAAAACAAUCUUGUCAGGCAUGUGAGAAUUCUAAUCCCCCUACAGUCAAAUCACUUCAUUUGCAAGGACAGCCCUAUGAUAGAUUCUUACUCAAAUCUAUACCAGAAAACACAGAAGCUUCUAAUGUAUUUAUGAUUGGUAAAUUGGCCUCCCAAUAUGCUGGAUUAUACCAUAGCCUCUACCAUUUUAAAUAUCUUCUUUACCAAAGGUGCCUAGCAAAGAUUCGAAUAAUUCGUGAAGGAGAACCUAAUAUUAGUAAUGAACAUAUAUUAGAUCAAUGUUUACAAAAUAGAGCUUGGGUUUUAAAAAUAUUUCAAGAUUUAAAAGAAUUGUUGGAAAAAGGAUGA